AAACGUCCCUUCCAGCUCUUUCGCUUCUACGGAUUCUGGAAGUAGGGUUUCCAAGAAAAGGGAUGGCGCGGGUUUAACUCCUCCCCCCAAGCGUGUGUUUUCAACACUGUCUAACGGGCAAAGACAGUUGUUACUCAAUAGGUACCAUACGAACUCCAAUGGUCCGUUUAUGGUCCAUAUUGAAACGUGUCGGUCACAGCUUCCCUCAAUGGGAAGUACAGGGUCUGCCAGGGACCAAGGUGCAAGUAAAAACGGGGCCUCACUCAGUGCUAUUGGCCUGGGCAAGAGGCUUAACCGGCUCCUCUUAAACCAGUUCAUGCAUGCGUUUGAUUUACGCGUCAUUGGUAGAAAUAGAUUCUCAGUCUGCUUUCCCACAGGUGGGGACGCCAACCGGUUCGUGGGGGCUUUCCAGGAUGUCGCCGGUAAAGUGACUCCUAAUGAACAGUGGACGGCGCACGUCCCGUCAUUUAGAGUGGUAAAACAAUUCGUCUUGAAAGGCGUGGAUGAGGAAGAGACGGUUGAGGAGCUACUUGCUGGCCUACGCCUCCCUCCUGGGUGGGACCAGGAGUGGACUCCUCCCUUCGAGGCUGUCAGAAUUACACGCAGGGAGAAGGGAAGUCCCACUUCCACCCCGAAGUAUGGUUUGUGCUAGGUCAAGCCAUCCUCUGGGACAGCUACUGAAGGGCAUUGUCGAGACUUGGGAACCUAUUUGUGCUGACAACGCGUUUGGUCUCUUCACGGUGUAUCAGGAACUCCAGCACAUUGUUAAAGAUGUCGCAAAGUUCUCACUCCCGGGUAGCCUCGGCCUCCCGUACCACGUUAGGUUUUUCAAGUGUGACACUGACACCAACACUGGCUUCCUUGCGCGUCGGGCCGAAAACCCCCAGCAGUAUCUCGAAGGCUUCUUCAGGGACCAUGGCCUUACCAGGAUAUUUUUCACUGACAGGUCUCUUUCCCCGGGUUUGGAUGAAACACCACCAGCAGUUGGCUUUGCUGUGGUCUCAGACGAACCCGAUCUCGUCCAUUAUGAACGCAUAAACAGUAGUUCCACUAUUUUUGACGCGGAAGCCCGCGGCGUUGUUUGUGCGCUGGAGCACCUUAAGGACUUUGGGUUUCCUCGGGUCGUGAUCGUCGGACUCACUCAGCGUGAUUACGUGCCUUGGAUCAACGGACCCUAGAGGUGUCCACUCACCGUUAGUGUAUCAAAUAAAGGAGCUAGUUCUCGGACUUAAAGACGACGGCGUGUCAGUCAAGCUGGUGUGGGUCCCCGGCCACUGUGGUAUCCUGGGCAAUGAAAAGGCAGAUAAGUACGCAAAACUCUCCUUGACUCUUCCAGAACCUAGCUUUGGAAGCGAGUUGGAAGUCUUCUCGCUGUUCCCUUCCCUUCGGUCCGAUACAGUAAGAUUGGCCAGAGAAAAGUUACUCAGUGAUGCAACCUACAAGGGAGUUAAGUACUUCCAACGUAAACCCGUACUCUUAGACAAACCGUGGUUUAUUAGAGUUAAAAAAAAGAAAUUUUUGCUUCGCCCCUUAGUUACACUAAUAUCUAGAAUACGCUCACAUCAUACAGCAGUAAACGCUCAUUUAAAGGAAAAGGGAGUAGUGACCUCUUCGGAAUGCCCGUGUGGACACCCGUCUCAAGAUAUUAAUCAUAUAUUCUUUCAAUGUCCUAUUUAUAAGAUUCAGUCGGAUAAGCUAAUAAUUGAUUUAUUCCACAAUGGCUUUAACCCCCCUUAUAGUGUCGAUGAGGUCGCUUUUUCCAAAUGUUUUCGCGCCAUGUUCGCUCUCCUCUCAUUCGUAAACACUACCAACGUAAACAUAUAAACCUCACUUACCAAUCCCAUGUACCUACUGUGGCUACGUUCGUGUAGAGCGCUGUCUGCGCUGUUGCGACGUUCUGUCCUUGUUGCUUGUCAAGUGUAAAACAAGGAUAGAGUGGCAGUGUGGCUGAUACGUCACUUGAAAUCAAAGUUCCCUAUAUAACCCGUAAUAUACACGCGGUCUCAAGCCUCUUGCACAAUGGAAGGAAUAGCGAUAGCGAUAGAAAUAACACAGUUUUUAACACAGA